GUUACCUAGCACUGGGUUCCUUCGUUCAAAACAUCUGGUCUCUAAUUUAAUCUCUCCAACUUUACGAUCCAAAAUCCUCAAUUUUCUUAAGGCUUUUCUUUCUCUUUCUACCGUAACAAUGAACACAACACAUCAAAGAAUCUUCCUGCUUCUUUUAGUGGUUUUGUACUUAGUUUGUGCGACGUACUCGGCAAGUUUACAAGUGGUCAAGAAGGACAAAACCUUUAAAACCAGGGAUGAAAAAGUUGAAGAUGAAAUAGCCAAGGAUGAAAGUGAAGUGGAGGAAAAUGUCGAGGAACACGAUGAGGACACAAAUCAAGAAAAUGAAAGUAAUGGCACCAAAAAUGACAAAGAGGAAUUGGAAAUAAAAAAAGAUGAAAAAGACAGUAAGUCAGAUGAUAAGAAUGGUGCUGAUGAUACCGAUGCUGAUGUUGAUGAUGACGAUGAUGCUGCUCUUGAAGACACUAGUGACAAUUAUAUUUCAGAUCCUAGCAAUGCAAAUGGCGAAGAAACUGGUGGUAAUGGAAAGGAGGAUGUCGACAGCACAUCACAGUAUGCUGAUUUGACCAAGGGUAUAGCUGAUGCCAAGAAGGCAAAUGAAGACCUUCAACAGAAAAUCGAUGCUUUGAGCAAGAAAUUGGAUGAGAUUCUUGAAAAAAAGGACACCAGCUCAGAGCCCAUCAAAGUUAACAAAAAAGAAACAGAAGACAAAAAAGAAACAGAAAACAAAGGCACCAACCCUAAAGAUGAAGUAAAAAAGGACAAAAUUGAAGUAAAAAGGGAUGAGAAGAAAAAUGAAGAAAAAAACAAGAAAAAGGAAGUUAAAGACAACGAAGCAGACGUUACCAUACUAUCACCAGGAGACAAGCAAGAAACACGUGACUCUGAUGAAAGCAAAAAAGAAUCCAAUAACGAAGGAGGAGACAUGGGAGAAGAUGCUGAAAACAAGGCAGAUGAGGAUUACUAAUUAGGGUUACUAAAUAAUUGUUCUAUUUCAAUUGCCCUAUUUCACUAUGACAUCACAUCAAAACAAUCUAUUGUUUAAACGCAAAGGAUCAUGGUCGUCAGAGGGGGUCAAAUCAACGCAAGUUCAGCGAAAAUUGUUCUAAAACCCAU